CCACCCUUUCCGGGCUAUCGCAGCAUUCCUCUUCCUCCCCGAUAGGCUUCAAUGGCUUCCGACGUCUCCCCAGUGGAUCUCCCCUACAUCGAGGCUGCUUACCGCGGCUCGCAGCUGUUUAUGGCGUCUCUUUCCCUUGCGUGUUAUGAUCACAUCAUUACAUUGGACCAGGAGGUCGAGUACUUCUGGUCUCGCAGCUGGAACAUUUCGAGCGUUAUCUACAUAUUGAUACGCUAUACCGUGUUAUUGUGUGUCAUUUUGGUUACUAUUGUGUCUAUGGGAGGGAUUGCUUCCAGUGAAAGGUGCUUGCAUCUCGAUAAGGCCCUCAUCGGUAUCAGCAUCGUGAAUACUUUGAUUGGCCAAGCUGCCAUAACGCUUCGAGUGUGGUACCUCUUUAGGCGCAAUAACGUCGUACAAGCCAUCCUCGUGGCUCUGUACAUUGCGUGCGCUGCCACAACGGCUGCUGCAACAUUACGAAACAGCAACAUCUCUUCGGCUGUUACGUCAAAUAGCGCUGUCACCGCUGAUGCCUGCGGAAUGACGCUUUCGAAGUCCCUCUAUCUCGACUUCUUGUCCGCAUUAAUCCUCCAUGUGAUCCUCUAUUGCUUCACUAUCUGGCUUUUUGUCGCGAGUGUGGAGAGAAAGGGACUUGUACCGCUCGCAAAGCGGUUUGUCAAAGAGGGUGCACCAAUGUAUCUGGUGGCAACAGCUGUAUUGCUCUACACUAUCAUUGGUACAAGUAUGAAAGACCCAUGGAACUACAUUCCAGCAUAUCAGUCCUUCCUUUAUCAAUCGCUCAUCACAGUCGCAAUCUGCCACGCGCUCCUUAGCGUUCGAAGCCUUGCCGCUAGACUCAACGUGGACGCCUCAUGGCUGCUGAGCAACAGUGAGCUCAGCAGGAUUAAUUACCGGAGGGGUACCAACGAGGGCGAGAUCUUGGUUGACUACGACGCUCAUGAUGGCGUAGAGAUGCAGAGACCUUCCUCGGCAUCGCUCGCUCGCUUCCUCCGUUGCUUGCUCUACGGCAGUUCAUGAGACCCAAUAAUGGCCACGAUCCUAAUGUUGAUGCUAAUUCCACAGGAUGCGGACGUGUAAAGCAGUAAUCUCGCAUUUACAACAACUUGAUUGUUCAUAGCGAGGCCGGCGUGUGAUGCUCUUGGGCAGUGAGAUUCUUACAUCAAUGUACAAAACAACGUGUAUCAUGUCUUUUCUCACUCAUUAGGGUGAAUAUCGAACGUGCUGUGCCCUGAGAUCUCAGAUGUGAGCGCUAUGCAGAACUGGCCUUGCCAUGGAUGUGACCGCGUGUGUGAUACAUAAGGAUGUUGGUUAUUUCAUCAAAGAGAAUAAAUAGAUGUACAAUCAGAAACCCC